AUGCGGCUGAAUAGAGUAAUACAAUCUAUAGCAUUAGUUAGCUACGCAUUAGCUGCAGAUACUCAAGGAUUCAACGAUCCUACAGAAAAUGGCGGUAAAUGGUUAACCCAGCUCAACGAGACAGAAAUACUUGGAGAACCUUUAAAUAUCGUUAUAUCCGGUGAUAGUGAUCCAUUAGUACUCACAGUAGAUACAAACCUCGCUGGAUGCUUCUACACUUAUUGGGAUUCUCUAAGCUUCAUGCAAGAAUUCGCUGGUAUUCAUCUUGGUGGUGAUCAAUUAGCAAACGUUGGCGAUGGUCUUGUCCCUCAACAAGGUAUCCUCAGAUACAAUUAUAAUGAUAGAAAUGGUGGUACUUUAUACGAGUCUCAGCAUGGUGGCAAUCAUAUUAGAUAUUGGAACCAAAGUAGCUCUAAUGCUAUAUUCAUUGCUGCUUCAGCUGAGAUGUCAAAAGCUGAGAAUCACAUGAUUAUACCAGACGGCUAUAACAUCGGUAGAGAUUGGAUUGCUGGUAAUGCAACAGGUCAAGAAAUUAGUAAUGCUACGGCUUCACAAAAGAUUACUGGUCAAUCAACCGGUUAUUGGACUAGAAAUGGUGACGCAGGUACAAACGUUUCUUUCACUUAUGAGACCGAAGUCACUUAUCAAGCGGGCUUAAUUAGUAAUGAUUCUACUAACAUCAACCACGCUGAUGCAGUUGGCGUGAAUGGUCAACCACCACAAGAUGGUUUAAUCGCUUUAUUCAAAGUCAGCAUUAAAAAUUCAAACGAACCGGUUGAUUCAAGUUCUUCGAUAAACAUUACACCAGCAUUCACAAUGCUAAUAUCACUCAUAUUUACCGCAAUCUACAUUAUAAUUUAA